CUGUGAGUCACUUGGUGCUCGUGUUUGGAUUCUCCUCACUGGAAAGCAGAUGAAGUGCAGGAUAAGAGCAACGCUACAUUAAUUUUUAAGCGUCUGGACCCUCUAAACCAGGACAAGCGGAGCUCAAGAGCACCGUCUUCUGGCAGAAAAGAAAACAUCUGGGGAUCCUGGUGGAUUACACUGUAUCAACUUCAUAAUCCCUUUCUUAACUGAAGGAGCUCAGACAUCUUUUUUGUGUAUCUUCUUUGGACAAAUUCUUCACAGCUCCGACUGCAACAAAAAACAUGUCAACAAAUAUGACUUUAUAGCCAUCAACUGUAAGCAGAAUAGAAGGAAAGCAAUAAAAAGCAUGGAGGCUUCAAGUUCUGCUCAUGCAGGGACUCCUUCCUCUACACCCAUACUCCCCACCUCCCCCACACCCUCCUCUCCAGGCUACUUGCAGUUUUUCUGGGAGUACCAGGACAUUUCUGUCCUUGUGGAGCAUUACAACUACACCGGCAAGCUGCAGAAAGACCGCUACCGCGAAGGACUCAAACCUGAAGGCAUUGCGUUCCUGGUGGUUUGUCUCCUCAUCGUCCUGGAGAACGCUGUGGUUCUCAUCGCCAUAUGGAGGAACAAAAAGUUCCACCUGCCCAUGUAUUACCUGCUGGGCAACCUGACUCUAUCCGAUCUGCUGGCUGGGAUUACAUACAUGGCCAACAUCAUCAUGUCCGGACCUAAUACUUUGAAACUGACUCCGUUGCUAUGGUUCCUCAGGGAGGGAGGGGUCUUCAUCACUCUGGCAGCCUCUAUAAUUAGUUUGCUGGCCAUUGCAAUUGAACGCCAUGUUACUAUGGUGACUAUGAGGCCAUACCACGGGGCAAAGAAGGGACGGAUGUUGGCACUGAUUGGUGCAAGCUGGGCCCUGGCAGGGUUUCUGGGGGUCCUCCCAAUUUUGGGGUGGAACUGCAUCCACAGACUGGACCAGUGUUCAACAGUCCUCCCACUUUAUUCCAAGAGCUACAUCCUCUUCUGCGUGUCUGUGUUUAGCGCAGUGCUCCUGGCCAUCGUCGUCCUUUAUGUCAGAGUGUUUCGAAUUGUCCGCACCAACACGCAGCGCCAGCGGCUGGGCCUGUCGGGCAGCAUGAGGAAAGGCUUGGCAAGGAAGUCGCAGAAGUACAUCGCCCUCCUCAAGACUGUCACCAUCGUGGUCGGUGUCUUCAUUGCCUGUUGGCUGCCCCUCUUCGUACUCCUCCUCCUGGAUUUUUUCUGCCCCACCCGCAGUUGUCGCCUGCUCUACAAGGCCGAUUACUUCCUGGGAGUAGCUAUGGUCAACUCACUCCUCAACCCCAUCAUCUACACUCUGACCAGUAAGGACAUGAGGAGAGCCAUUCUCAGGCUGCUCUGUCGGCCUUGUCUGAUGACCAGAGAUGGCCAGGUGAAGAAGAUUGGGAUGCCAUUCCUGGAGUGCAGUUUCAGUAAAACUGAGGUGGCGUCCCAGAAGCUAGAGGGGGGACCGGAGACGACCAUUUCCUCUGGAAACGUUAUCACCCCGUCUCCUAUUAAGGCAUUUUACCCUAAACUCUUCAAGUCAUAAGGACUUAGACUGAUUGAUUGAUUGAGUCCAUACGUGUGUGAAUGGGUUUCCCACUGAACAGAGGACAUGUAGCACAUAUUCUUUGGAGAAGAAGCAGUUCUGGUAUUCUCCAAUUUGGAGCAUAGCCAGAAUCAGAGUUUGUAUGAAAUAUUACGAAGGCACAAGAGAAUCAUGUUUAGACAAAUGUCUCACCUUGACGAGUCAGAAGUGGUGCAGAACUUUGUGAGAUGAUUACAAAACAAAAAGAUGCCACUCAAAUGUGAACAAGAAAUCAGACUCUUUUAUGAGUAGAUGCUAGUGAUGAGUCUCCUUAACUAAUUUGCACUGAAAUAUCACAAUGAAUAGAGAAGCAGCUUGGAUUCAGUUUUCUUGUGGUUCUGUAGUUUGGAAGGAAACUUCUGUAAACCCCAAAGACUCGUGACUGAAAAAAAAAAAUGUAAAUGCAACCUUUUCUGGGUUGAUGGUGAAUGAGUGUGGUUGGCUUUGACCUUUUUUUCAGUUUCUUAUUGAAGUGCCUUAAAUAUAGCACAAACACAAUAUAAAUAUGUGUAAUCUGUUCAUCUCCAGACACCUGGAUUUCGCUGGUUCGAAGGCCCAUGGUGUGCUAGAUUUGUUCAGAUAAAUUCGUAUGGACCCCUGCCACACACACAUAUUUGUGUACGUGAUGCAGGGAGGGUAACAGGGAAACUGAAAGAUAACAGGAAAGGGAGAGGUGGUGCUCACUCUUAACUGUUCUUUCAGCUCGGUGAAGAAUGCUGUGGUAUAGCUGUGGGAGGGAGACGCAACAUUAAAAUCCCCCGACUGUUUUGAAAUGACAGAUGGUUAACUUAUCUGAUGCCAAAUGGAAAGUUGUUGGGGUUUGGUGUCCAACUUUAUUUCAAAUGUCAGUCUGACAUCUGCAGGAAAACUGCAACAACAAAAUGUCAACAUGUAAUGUGAUUAACUGACAGAUGUUACCAAAAAAAGGCCUUUUCCCCAUAACAUGGUGAUAUUUUAACGGAAAACCAGAUCAGCUGCAGUUGCAUCACUUGUAAGUAUAAGCCUAAUAAAUUAUUACGUCAGAGAUUUCAGAUUAAGUUGUAGGUGUCGUAAAUCACCAUUAUCUAGCUGCAGGACUUUUAAGGGCAAGAAUGUGCCUGCACUUUUAAGCUAAAUCAUGCGGAAUGAGUGCAAUUAUUCCAAUACAUCCCUUCACCAUCCAUCAUGUCAGCAGAAUAUUUCCGUUUUAGUUUGAGGUACUGAUUUUUUGUUAUUAUGAAAUGAGUUUGACAUCAGUCUUUUUAUACGGAUGUGUGUUUUUUUAAGUGCAGUCUUUCCAGACCUUAAUUGAUGAAUGUGGUAGUGUGCUUUUUUGUACUGUAAUUCAUGUAGUGAACUUUUUGUAUUUCUGAAGACUUUUCAUAUCUUCUGUAUUGUAAAUUAUAUCUGUUUUGUAACAAGUAAAAGCAAACUUUACCUUUCUUUUCAUAAAAGAAAUAAAAAAUGUUGUCUUAAAGGA